GCUGUGCAUUGUUUGAUAAUAGUUGGGUUAGAAAUGGGUCUUAUCGGUAAGGUGAUAGGGCAAACGGAGAUCAAGUCCGAUGGACAUUUGUUCUAUGAGAGUUGGAGAUACAGACCAAACCAGAUAUCAUAUAUGAGCCCUGGUAAUUUGCAAGGUGUUGAGAUAUACGAAGGUGAAUGGGGAACCGUGGGAUCUAGAAUGAUCUGGUCCUAUACCUUUGGUGGGGAAAAGAAGGUUACGAGAGAUAUUGUUGAAGCAGUUGAUGACGAGAAGAAGUCAAUCACUUGGAAGCUGGUUGAAGGAAGCCUCUUGGAUCUUUACAAGACCAUGAUUAUAACUGUUGAUGUUGAUACAAAAGGUAAAAGCAGUGUGGUGACAUGGACUUUUGAGUACGAGAAGCUUAAUGAGGAUGUCGAAGAUGCAAAUGCAUUGGUGGACUUUCAUCUUGUUAUGACCAAAGAUAUUGAAGCUUACCAUCUCCGCCAAAAAUGAUUUGGUUUAUUGGUGAUGCCAAGUUGUUUUAUUAUAUAAGAAAGUUUUUAAGUGUAAACGGCGAAUGUUUUCUCCAAGGAAUAAUAAGUAUGCA